UUACAAUACUGCGCUGACGCCUCUGUGUAGUACUGAUAAGUUUCGUGUCUCCAAUUAUACAAACCUAUUUUAUUUACCAACCAUAAUUGUCUUUUGAUUCAUGCAUCAAAGAAACGUAUAACUGCUUACGAAUAUUUACACAAACAGAUAUUACGAUGAUUAUAAUUGUCGCCCGUAAAAAUGAAUGAUUUGCUAAACUACCGUGUGGUGACUGUAUGAAUGGUCUACUGUAUUUCUAAGAUUUCCUGUAAAUAUUCCAAGUCUAAUGCCUAAUUUACCACGGAAACAUAUUUUGAGAUCGAUAGUGACAACUGUGGCUUCUCAGUAUUAAUUUAAUACCAUUUCAGACUCCAUUGAUAUGGAGCCUGUUACUAAAGUUCCUUUGCCAUUAGAACCAAUAAAGUCGAAUCAGGUGGAGGACAGACGAUUAUGGGUGGGCAAUUUAGAUUUAAGAAUUAAUGAGUACCAACUCCUAAAACUCGUCCAAAAACAUGGUACAAUUGAAAAGUUCGACCUCCUGUUCCACCGAUCAGGCCCACAAGCUGGUCAACCAAGAGGAUAUGCAUUUGUAACCUAUAAAACAGUUCAGGAUGCAGAAGCAGCCAAAGAUGCUUUGCAUAACUUGAAAGUAGGAGCGAAAAAUAUUAUCGUCCGAUGGGCUCAUAGUGUGACAGAGUCUGAUAUGGAUAAACCAAAACCAAAAAUAGACAUACCUGCUUUAGCUGGAGCUAAAAAAGAAGAUAAAAGAAUAAGUCGUGAAACAGCAAUUCAAGCUAUAGAAGCAAAGCUUAAAUUGAUGAAAGAAUCUGAAGAAGAAUUUGAACUAAAUAAACCUUUGAAUGGAUCACCUGUAAUACAUUUGUAUCAAAAACCGGAAAAUCCAAAACCGUCCACGUCGACUCGUUACCAUAGUCGAAAUCACUUUCACAACAAUAAGCCUUACAACCGUUACAAACCUAGGAGAUAAUUUAAGUCCUUUUUUUUAUUUCACAGUGUUGUAAUUAAAAGUAAUCAAUUUAUUUUUACCGACCAAUAUUUGUUCCAUGACCAUAGUUGAUAUAUUAUUUAUAUUUUCUAUUUAAACGAUUCCUGUGUAUUAAGUUCUUUGUACUAUAAAGUUUUGUACUUUUAA